UAGACUUCCCCAUGCGUGCUCGGAAUAUCACAUAUGUGCUAUGGUUCAACUCCAUCUGCUUUGGAUGAUUCUUUCUCUCCCUGCAGCGAACCUUAUUGGAGUGGAAUUAAUUUGCCCAACAUUCAGAGAUGGACAAAAUAUUGUCAGCUGCAAGAUCAACAAAACAGCUGUGGAGGCUGCAGAUUGUGAGUCUAAGCAAACAUAUGUGACACUGGAAAAGACUACACCUUCCCGUCGAAAUCCACAACCUGUAGGUUCCACUGAAAGCUUCAAUGCUUCUAAUUGCAAACAUGUUCAAGGGCCUGUUGCAGAUGGCUGCUGGUGUAAUGAAUCAAAUGGAGAUAUCUUUGACUACAAGUGUGCACUAAUGGCCAAUCGAAGUCAAGAUGUCAACGCAGAGCUCAGAUGCAAAAUUUGCCACUCACCAAAGAUAUCAAGUGCUCUGGUAGAAGAAAUACAUCCAAACUGCAAACCUAUGCGCUUUGGCACAGAGAGCCAGGAUUCAAGUGGAAGUUCAAAUGCUGCUCUCAUUGUUGGUCUCAGUGUCACAGCAGUUGUUACAGUGGCGUUUUUGAUCCUACUUUUAUUUUAGGAAGAAGAUGCUGUUAUAAGUAGAGAAGUAUAGAACUUACCAAGAGGCCCCCUUGGCUGAAACAUAAGAAACAAAUGGAACCACAUGCCACUGCUCAAUCUUACUGUGUUAUUUCUCCAGUCAAAAUUGGUGGGGACUUUUAUCCUAAGAUGAUUAUAUUCUCUUACAAAGUUAAAUAGAUGAGCCUCAUCAAGAACUUUUAAAGAUCGCUUAGAUACGCUGUUGUAUAUGCAUCAUGUGUCAUUACUUACUUUUCUUUUUUGUUAUUUUCAUGAAAGAUCUAAGUUAACCUGUUUUCAGCAUGCUGUAAGGCACAUUGAAUCACUUAUAUUCACUGCUUUUACAGCCAUUGUGCUAUGUCGAGAUUCUGUAAGUUUUUGAAGUGCUCCUUUAAAGCAGACAUGCAAAUAAUGAAGCAAAAUUUAACUGUGGGUGUAUUUAUAUUUUAUUCUGUGAUGUUUUUAAACUUUUAUCUUUAUGUCUAAAUCUUUGGACAUUUUGAAAUAUGUUUUACUUUGUAUAGCAUCUUAUGCUUCUAGUCAUUACUUGAGGCAGCUGUUAGCAAUUUUCGUAUAAAGAAUAAUUUAAGGGUAAUGUUUAUGGUGAAUAUAAAUUUUUCAGAAAUUAUGAUCCAGAAAUUUAGUGUAUUUAUUUCGGAUUCAUGUUUUUGAAAUUAUUGGUAGUAAUUCCAAUGGAAACACAGAUGAGUCUGUUUUUACCUUGAGGUCAUCUGAACUGGUGACAAUGUAACCUUUUGCAUUGUACAUCAGUAUUUGUAAAAUUUAUUUAUGCAUUCAUUUCCAUGACUUUCUGACCUAUACAAAAUACAAUCCCAGACAAUGUUAUUAGCACCUUUGUCACAAAUGCCAUAUAAUUAUUUUCUGUCAGCCAAUGACAAUCACCACAUUUAUAUCGUACCUUUUAUUAGUAUAAAAUAGCAUUACCAUUUAAAGACCUCAUGCCAGGCUUAUCUUCACUGAUUUUUCUUCUGCUUUUAAUGCCGUGCAACCUCACUUGUUGGCGAAGAGUCUAGUUUCAGAUUUCCAUUUGUCUCACCAACUCUCUGUAUCCUGGACUUUUUAACAAACAGGCCAUAGAGAGUGUCUGUUAAUGGUCUGGAAAAAAAUAAAAUUCCCAUCAUGAAAUAAAUCUAUCUUCUUGGCCUACCUGUCUAAAUGCUCUCUCUACCAUCCUCCCUCAAUCUUAGCUUGUAGUCAGCCUUCGAAAAAAGCUGAUCAAUAUAGCCACAUGCGUUUUAAAAAUAUCUUUCAGUAUGCCUGUUUCCUUUUCAGUCCUAAGUAGACAAAAUCCUCUUUUUCAGUAGAGUAAUAAUUACUUUUUCCUCUGAUAAAAAAUAAUGAUAAAUAUUUAAUAUUUGACAAACUUUUAUGCAGCUGGUCUCCCUUAGUAUCACCCUCAAUUACAUCUUUUCUAUUACAUUGUUAUGACUUGUUCUUUAUACUUGCUGACAAAAAUGUUCAAACAUUUUGUUUGUAUUCAUUUCACCCUUUGAUAAACUUCAUUCCUUCAAAUCGUUAAUUAUUGUUGGUUGUCGAGCCCAUGCAAAUUUUAUUAUGUUCUAUAUUUAUCUUAAUUUAUAUCUCGCUAUUAAAAAUUUUAGGUAUGGGAAGGGGGAGAGUUUAUUUUAAUAUCAUGUUUUCAUGUGUUUUACACUAAAGAAAGAAUAAGAAUUCUUUCACCAUAGUUUUUUUUUUAAUCACACUUAUUUGUACUAUCACUGCACCAGUCACAAAACUAUCAGUAAAUACAUGUUCAUGUCAUAAUACAAAGAAAUUUGAUGGAUUUAAGAUUUAUUUGUUCACAUGCAAUUAUCAUAAUCAUUAUUGUUACAGAGUAAAUAGCUUCUCAUGUGGUGCAAAUUUGAGUGCAUGUGCAUACUGAUUUCUUUCUUUAUUUUAAUUUUCAUAUGUACAAAGAAUUUGAAGAAUUUUUCACAGACUUCCUGUGUUUAUAUACCCUCUUGCAUAUGCAUGUUUAUUAAGAACACUGCAUAAUACAGUACUAUUAUCCUCACUAAUGGGUUUAAGUACUAUACUUUUGUAAUAUAAUGUAAGAAAUAUAGUGCCUUCUUUCAUAGAAGACAUUAACCGUCCUAGGAAACAUGGAUCUGAAAUAAAUUAAACUUUCUCAAAGGAACCACUAUAGACACAUAUUAAGAAUAUUAUUAUUUUUUGGAACAUUCUUUUGAGGUGUCCGCACAAAGAGUACGCCUUUAUGUAGCUAUGAAACUUGUUGCAAUCGGUAGCAUCCUCCCACCCAGCCCUUUUUGUUGAACUCAGUUUUUUCAUUAUUCAUGAACCAUUUCAAAUAUGCUUGAUUUUUGGCCUGAGGACUGAUUAAGGAUUCUAUAAUGGUAUUCAUUUCUCUAUUGUAUUUGUGUCACUUUGCUUUCCCUUAUCCUUUUCAUCUCCUCCCUAUGUUCAUAGGUAUUGUUAUUUUUAUUUGAAUGAGCUAUAAAUAACAUAAAAUGGUGCUGAGCUGAAUAUGUGUUGUAAGUCAUGUAAUUGGAUGUGAAUAAGCGUAACGACAAUGUAUUUUGUGUGGCGGUGGGGUUGGGGGGUAUUCGACUAUUUUAUGUCUUUUGCUUUAUUUGCUGUCUUAGUCAUUCUCCACUGUCCUUAUGCUGGAUUCAAACAUCAUCUUAUUUAUUUAGUAAGAAACGAAUCUCACAUUGUAAAGAGCCGUUGAAUGCCAUAUUUUUAAAAUGGAAAGGUAUAUACAUAAUCUAAUCUAAUCCUAUGCAUAAAUAUAUAUAAUCAUAUGAUUCAUAAUGAGAUUAAACCCUCUAUUUCUGACCCACAUUUGAGAGGGGAAAGCUUAAUUGUAUUCUUAGAAUUAAAGAGAUAAUUCUGCAACAUCAUCGACACUCGCCUGCUAUAUCUCCAACUGUUCCUUGCCUUUCCGACGAAAAGUUUCGUUUGUGUAUGUCGACAUCUCGAGUAAUGCAAAGUCGGAAGCAGGUUUUUACCCAAAAGUCAGCGAACAGCUAUUUUUGUUAGAAUUAAUAUCUCGAUACGAAACCAUUUGAAAAACAAAAAUCUACCAUGGUUGGCGCAGUAUGCAUCUUGUUAAAAUUUAUGUGCUACGAAUGCAGUGCAAUACACUUAUUUUCACGGCUGCUUAUAUAUAAGUACUCUUCUUCCGCUCCGAUUAUUUGCUGGCUAUUGUGCAAUUUUAUUGUCUCGUUAUUGAGCUUAAUAAACAAAGCUCUGUUGUUA